GCUGCUUAUCGUCAGGUAUGCGGAACCCCAGUAUUUCAGAUGUCACACUUGAUCUCCACUUCCUGCUCCCCAAGGACUGAGAAAGGGGAGAUGUGGCAGAGGAAUCGGACCUCUCCGGCAGACUUCAUCCUUGAAGGUCUCUUUGGUGACUCCCUCACCCACCGUCUUCUUUUCUCCUUGACCAUGGUGGUCUUCCUUGUGGCAGUGAGUGGCAACGCCCUCACCAUUCUCCUCAUUUGUGCCGAUCCCCGGCUUCAUACACCCAUGUACCACCUACUCAGCCAGCUCUCCCUCAUGGAUCUGAUGCAUGUCUCCACAACCAUCCCCAAGAUGGCUACCAACUAUCUAUCUGGCAAGAAGUCCAUCUCCUUUGUGGGCUGUGCAACGCAGCACUUCCUCUAUUUGUCUCUGGGUGGUGCCGAGUGUCUUCUGCUAGCUCUCAUGUCCUAUGACCGCUAUGUUGCCAUCUGCCAUCCACUGCGUUACACCAUUCUCAUGAACAGAGAGGUGGGACUGAUGAUGGCUCUCAUGUCAUGGUUGGGAGCAUCCAUAAACUCCCUAAUUCACACAGCAAUUUUGAUGCAUUUCCCUUUUUGUGGGCCUCGAAAAAUCCACCACUUCUACUGUGAGUUUCCAGCUGUUAUGAAGUUGGUAUGUGGAGACAUCACCAUUUGUGAGAACACAGUGUACAUCAGCAGUGUCUUGCUUCUCCUCUUCCCAAUCUUCCUGGUUUCCACAUCCUAUGUCUUCAUCCUCUGCAGUGUCAUUCAGCUGCGCUCAGCUGGCAGUAAGAGAAAUGCCUUUGCCACUUGUAGCUCUCACCUCACUGUGGUUUCCCUGUGGUUUGGUGCCUGCAUCUUCUCAUAUCUGAGGCCCAGGUCCCAGCACACUCCGUUGCAAGACAAAGUUGGUUCUGUGUUCAAUAGCAUCAUUACUCCCACACUGAAUCCUUUGAUUUAUACUCUCCGGAAUAAGGACAUAGCUAAGGCUCUGAGGAGAGUGCUGGGGAGAGAGAUUAUUACUCCAAGAGUGCAACUGCAGUUACCUGGCAUCUAAGAGUGGGAUGGAAUAAGCUCCUUAAACUGAUCAGGGUAAACCUCUCAGAUUUUUCAAGGCCCAGAUCCCUGAUGACUACUGCAGAAUGAAGCGGCUGACACACAACUCCAGUAUUCUAAGUUGGUCUCAGGCCCCUAAGCACCAUAGGGUACUAUCUUAGUCUAUAACAAAACACCAUGGCCUGGACGUCUUAAACAACAAACACCUAUUUCUCAUAGUUCUAGAGGCUGAGAAGUCCAAGAUGAAGCCUGGAAAGUGCUAGGCAUUCUCUUACUUCCUUUUAAUCUCUUUUAAAAUGUAACUUCGGUAAAAUGUGAUUUCCCCAAGUACCCUAUCCAGAGCAGCACUCUUCAUUCUCUGUCCCCAGCUUCUACUUUGCCUGAUGUUGCAUGAUAUUCUACUAUGCUGCAUCAUAUUUAUUGUCUGUUUUACUACAAUGUAAGCUCCAUGAAGAAAAGGACUUUACUUUGUUUAUGAUUAUUUCACCAGAGCCAAGAAAAGACCCUGGUAUGAAAUGAGUGCUCAGUGACUAUUUGUUUCAUGGAUUAAUAAAUAAAAGGGACCUAGCUUAUUUUACUAUUCCACAUGACAUUAGUGAUAUGUGACUCAGAAAUGGGAAGAGAUUAUAAAAGUGAAUUAAUACAAUGGAAGGCUUGGUAAGACUCAUUUGUCUCAUAGCCAGAUAUUAAUCUAUGCAAAUGCAGAGGCCUGACAUCUCAGUGAACUUUUCUGGGAUCUAUGUGUCUGGGGAUUGCAAAGUAAGGGACAAAUUUCUAUAUCUUGUUUUCUAUACUAGUUAAAAAAAAAGAGUCAUGAAGCUCAGGGACCAUCUUCAGAAGAAUACCCUUAGGGUUUGAGAGCAAAGUUAUGUCCUCUUUUAAAAAGCAACUAUUUUCCCUUUGAGAAAUAGCUUUUGGGCAUUCUAUAAUAAGGUGAGCUGCCCAUCAUGAGUUGGGUGUCAUCUUAUCCAUCUAGCUCUAAGGUUGGAUUUGCCCUAUAAGUAGGGUUAAUUUGCACAGAAACUGUGCCUGUGUUGUUUCUGAAGGCACGAGGGUGUUGCAUAAACACCUACUACAUAAUCCCAGUUAGAGAGAGGUGGUGGUCCUCUGCUAAUUCUCCCUCUCUCUACACACAACUAUGCGCUUGUCAGGAAUGCUAUAAGAUUAUUUGAGAAUGAAAUUAUCUGAGCCAAGUUUAUGAAUGGUUAUUUAUGUAAUACUAGCAUCUGCCAAUAGUAAAUAAUAUAGUGCUGUUAAGGCUCCCCUUGAGAAGAGAUUUAACCCUAUAUUAUUUUAAUUGUUCUUUAUAUAUUCUAGAUAGUAACCCCUUAUCAGAUAAAUGGCUUACAAAUGUUUCCUGUAAUUCCAUAGGUUGCCUAUUCACUCUGUUGUGUAUUUUGAUGAACACAAGCAUAAAUUAUUUUUUGAUGCAUCUAUUUUUACUUUUGUUGCCUCCACUUUUUGUGUCAUAUCCAAUAAAUCAUUAGUAAAUCCAAUGUCAUGGAGCACCCCUUAUGUUUUCUUCUAAGAGUUAUGUUACAGUAGACGGCUUGGUAAGACUUAGCUUUAGCUUGAUAAGACACAGUUUUAGCUCUUACAUUUUGGUUUUUGAUACAUUUUUUGGUUAAAUUUUGUAUAUAGUAUAAGGUAAGAGUUCAAUUUCAUUCCAUUUACAAUAGCAGCAAAAAAGAGUAAAAUACUUGCGAACUUACUUAUCCAUGGAAGUGAAAGAUUUGUACACUGAAAACUACAAAACACUGCGGAAAGAAAUUAAAGAGAUAGAUAAAUGAAAAGAUAUACUGUGCUCAUGGAUGAGAGGACUAAAUAUUGUUAAGACAUCCAUACUACCCAAAGUGACCUACAGAGUCAAUACAAACCUUAUCAAAAUACCAAUGGUAUUUUUUUCAGAAAUAGAAAAACCUAUCCUAAAAUUCAUAUGGAAUCAAAGGACCCCAAAGAGUCAAAACAAUCCUGAAAGUGAAUAAAAUGGGAGAAUUCACAAUAUCUCAUUUCAAAACUUCCCACAAAAUUACAGUAAUUAAAACAGUGUGGUACUGGCAUAAAGACAGACACAUGGACCAAUGGAACAGAACAGAGAUCCCAGAAAGAAACCUUCACAUAUGUGGUCAAGUGAUUUUCAACCAGGAUGUCAAUACCAUUCAAUGGGGGAAGUGUAGGUGCUGGGAAAACUAGAUAUCCACAUGCCAGAGAAUGAAAUUGGAUCAUUAUCUUACACCAUAUACAAAAUUUAACUGAAAAUGUAUCAAAAACCUAAAUGUAAGAGCCAAAACUUUUCAAAAAAAACAGGAAGAGCUUUAUGACACUGGAUUUGCCAGUGAUUUGGAUAUGACACAUAAGCACAGGCAACAAAAUUAAAAGUAGAUAAAUUCAACUACAUCAAAAUUUAAAAUGUGUUCGACAAAGGACACACAGAGUGGAAAGGCAAAAUGGAAUGAGAGAAAAAAAUUUGUAAACCACACAUCUGAUAAGGUGUUAAUAUCCAGAAUAUCAGAAUAUAUAAUGAGUGACUACAACUCAACAACAACAAAACAUCAUGAUUAAAAAAUAGGCAAAGGACUUGAAUAGACAUUUCUCCAAACAAGUUAUACAGAUGGCCAGUAAGCGCAUGAAAAGAUGCUCAACAUCACUGAACAUAGGCGAUAUGAUUAGUAAAAAUCAGCUCAAAUUAGAUUAAAGAAUUGAAAGUAAGAUUUAAAACCAUAAAACUUUGAGAAAAAAACAUAAAUGGGUAAGCCUCUUAACAUUGGUCUUGGUAAUGAUUUUUUGGAUUUGAUACCAAGAGCAAAGGCAACA